AUGUAUUUUAGAAAAAAUGGUUUGCUGUUUAUUCCUUCGGUGGCACCUGGAUAUGACGAUCGGCGUGUGCGCCCGUGGAAUGCAAUCAAUUACAGAGGUCGUAAAAAUGGCCAGUAUUACAGUGAAAUGUUCGAAAUGGCACAUGCUGCGAGGGCGAAGAUUAUCACGAUAACGUCAUUCAAUGAAUGGCACGAAGGAACACAAAUUGAGCCGGCAGUACCUUUUACCGAUAGCAAUACGAAUUUUACAUACAGUCGCUAUGCUCAGGGACCCGAACAGUACCUUCAUCAAACGCUCGAUCUCAUCAAGAAAUAUUUCACUCCGCUAAAUCGGAUUGCUCCUGAAAAAAUAGUUAAUAUAAUUUAG